AUGUCAAAUAUUCCCCAUGCUGUCACUAACUUCGCCAUAUGCAGCUCCGAAGCUCAGCUAGUGAAGAAGGUCGUGAACAACAUAAUAAAGACACUUGACAGGGUGCCGUUACAAGUUGCCAAAUACCCAGUGGGAUUAGAAACGGUGAAAAAAGAUCUCAUUCAGAAAUUGCAUCUCGGUUCAGCCCAAACAGUGGUUAGAUUUGGAAUAUGGGGUAUAGGCGGUAUUGGUAAGACCACAGUUGCAAAGGCCGUGUACAAUGAAGCUUGUAAUGAUUUCGAUGCCGUUUCGUUUGUAUUUAAUGUCCGCUCCACUAGCCUUACAAAAUUGCAGGGGCAAAUUCUCAAAGAUUUGGUCAACUAUGAAGAAGAACUGUACAGUGUGGAAAAGGGCAAAUAUUUGUUGACAGAUCGUUUGCGAGGAAUCCGUGCCCUUGUCAUUUUGGAUGAUGUGGAUGACCGAGUGCAAUUGGAAGCCUUAGCUGGGCAUUGGUUGUCUCCUGGCAGCUGCUUAAUCAUAACUUCUCGAGAUCGACACAUUCUCAAUGCUGCUCACAUCUCAUCAGCAUGCAUUCACGAGAUGAGCGGAUUGGAAGAAAGUGAAGGUCUCCAAUUGUUUAGCUGGCACGCCUUCCUCAGACCGUCCCCAAUUCCCGGUUAUGAAGUGCUCUCGAAAAGAAUAGUGGAGGCUUGCAAGGGGCACCCUCUUUCUCUGGAAAUAAUUGGAGCUUUCUUGUAUGAUAAGCAGAAAGACACAGAUAUUGACUGCUGGAAUGAAAUUCUUGACAACUUUACAGUGAACAGAGACAUAUUUAAAACACUCAAAAUCAGUUAUAAAGGUCUUAGUGCUGAGGAAAGAGAUAUAUUUUUGGACAUUGCUUGCUUUUUUAUUGGGGAACGCACAACUAAUCCCAUUCUUUUCUGGAAAUCCAUGUACAAGAAUGUGUGCAUUGCUAUCACCAAGCUUUCAUGA